AUGAUUACUAAAUUAGAAACAUUACCUAAUGAAAUUCUUCUCAAUAUUUUUUCUUAUCUUCCAUGGUUUGAUAUGUUAACAUCUUUAUGGUCAUUAAACAUUCGCUUCAAUUUUCUUGUAUGUUCAAUUCUUUCAAUAAAUGAUAAUCAACUAAAUAGUGGUCUUCUUAUUUCAAAUGGUUUAUCUUACAAUAAAUGCUGUUCGAUAUUAUUUCCAUUGAUUUCAAGUUCAUCAUCUCUUUCUUCUUCUAUUCAACGUAUUCAUUUUGAUGAUACAUUUUCAACUGCUUCUAAUCUUUGUUAUGAAUGGUUAUUUAAUGGUAAACAUAUCCUUCGCUUCCCCAAUCUUAAAUCACUUAUUCUUACUCGAUGUGGAUCACUUGAACCAAUAAUUCAAAGUUUAUCUCAUCUGAUUGAACAUCAACUGGAUGAACUCACUUUAACAUUUGAUCGGCAAGCAUUCAAACGAUUACUUUACAUAAAGAAAUAUUCGUCAAGAACUUUCGAUAUAGGUAAUGUAAUCAUUUAUUUGACAGAUUCUGUACAAUAA